AUGACUCUGGAAGGCCCAUGUUGGGCAAAGAGAGAACCUGGAGGCUUCCUUACAGCCUGGCGUCCUCCAGCUCAGAUUCUGCUGGCCUGGGUGGUUCUAUCGUGUAUGGAAAAUGGUCAAUGCUACUGGGAUGGGGCCCAGGAACCUGCGAGUCCAGACCGUGUGAGAAGACGUGGCAGGCCUGCCAUCAUUUUGCAGGGGCCUAACGUCUGUGGUUCCCGCUUUCAUGCCUACUGCUGCCCUGGCUGGAGGACUCUGCCUGGCAGGAAACAGUGUAUUGUCCCUGUCUGCAGGCAUACCUGUGGCAAUGGCUUCUGCUCCCAGCCCAACCUGUGUACCUGUAUGGAUGGGACCCUGGCUCCCAGCUGUGGCGUAAGUAGAGCAUCACUGGGGUGUAGCAUGAGCUGCAUGAAUGGGGGCAGCUGCCGAGGGGAAUCUUGUCUAUGCCAGAAAGGCUACACGGGCACUGUGUGUGGACAACCCAUCUGUAUCCACGGCUGCCGUAACGGAGGACGCUGCAUCGGGCCAAACCUCUGUGCGUGUGUCUAUGGAUUCAUGGGGCCUCAGUGUGAGAGAGACUUCCAGAUGGGGCCCUGCUACCCCCAAGUGAGUCCUGAGGGGUGCCAGCGCCAGCUGACAGGUCUUAUGUGCACCAAAGCUCUCUGUUGUGCCACUGUGGGCCAUGCCUGGGGACUUCCCUGCCAGCUCUGCCCUGCACAGCCACACCCCUGCCGCCGAGGCUUUACCCCAAAUGUUCACACAGGAGCCUGCCAAGAUGUGGAUGAGUGCCAGGUCAUCUCGGGCCUGUGCCAGGGUGGCAGCUGUCUCAAUACAGUGGGCUCCUUCAAGUGCCACUGUCCUGCUGGACACCAGUUCAAUAUCAAAGACAUCAAAUGUGAAGAGCGCCAGGUGGGCACCUGCUUCUCAGUGCUUAUCAGAGGUCAGUGUGCUGCAGGCCUCACUGGCCACUACACUCACAGACAGUGCUGCUGUGACAAGGGCAGGUGCUGGGCGAGUGGUCCAUCCCCAAAGCUGUGUCCUCCACGGGGUUCUGGUGAAUUCCUGAGACUGUGUGCCCAAGGGCUCCCCCUGCUGCCUGCCUAUACAAACCUCUUCCCUGGACUCUCAGAAGUUGGACCCAAUAACCUGGGGUCUGCCCUAGGGCCAGCACAACACAACCACCAUGGUUCCAAUGGGCAUGGGCACCAAGGUUCCACACUGAGCUCUGGCAACUCCAACAGCGGAACUAUAAGUUAUCCAUUACUACCUGAAGUCUACAUGAGGGACCUGGGGAAUGUGACUCAUUUGAUAGAGUGCUCUCCUAACAUGGGAAGCCAUGAGUUUCUUCUCCUGCACAAUGCACUGCAUAAAACAGUCAUGGGCAUGCACAUUUUCUGUGCAGAUGUGAGGCUGGGGCUGUGUUUCCUACAUUGGGAUGAGGAUGACUGUGGAAUUCCCCUGCCUGGCAAGUACCGGAUGGACGUCUGUUGCUGCUCCAUUGGGACAUCAUGGGGAGCUGAGUGCAAGGUUUGCCCAGAGCCCAGCUCCCCAGAAUUCUUCAAACUGUGUCCCCAAGGGCUGGGCUUUGCCAGCCAGGACUUCUUGUCUGGCCGACCCUUCUAUAAAGAUUUGAAUGAAUGCAAGGUGUUCCCUGGCCUGUGCACACAUGGCACCUGCCGCAAUUCUGUGGGCAGCUUCCACUGCUCCUGUGACAAAGGCUUUGCCCUGGAUGCCCGAGAAAGGAACUGCACAGACAUCAAUGAAUGUCGUAUCUCACCUGACAUCUGUGGCCACGGUUCCUGUGUCAACACCCCAGGCAGCUUUGAGUGUGAUUGUUUUCCCGGUUUCACUAGUGGCUCUUUGCUGAUGAAGAACUGCGUGGAUGUAGACGAAUGUGCUAGGGACCCGCUGCUCUGCCAGAGAGGCACCUGCAUCAACACAGAAGGGAGCUAUGAAUGUCACUGUCCCUCUGGACAUGGGCUGAAGGCCCAAGGCACUGUCUGUGAAGACAUCGAUGAGUGCACCACAAGUGACAGCCUCUGUCCGCAGGGCCAGUGUACCAAUGCCAUUGGUGCUUUCCAUUGCUCCUGCCACACAGGUUUCCAGAGCACUCCCGAUGGCCAGGGUUGCACGGACAUCAAUGAAUACCAAGUCCAGAACAGCGGCUGUGAAGUGCAGUGCACAAACGUAAAGGGAAGCUUCCAAUGCAGCUUUUUGGCAGGAUGCCCAGUAGGAGAACAUGCACAGGAUGUGGAUGAAUGUGAAGACAACCUAGGCCUCUGUGGAGAAGGCCAGUGUACCAACGUGCCAGGAUCUUACCAUUGCAUUUGCUAUGAUGGCUUCUCAGUCUCACCAGACAUGAAGAUUUGUGUAGAUGUGAAUGAGUGUGACAUGAAUCCCCACCUCUGUCUCCAUGGGAACUGUGAGAACACAAAAGGAUCCUUUACCUGUCAUUGCCACCUGGGUUAUGCCAUCAGGAAGGGAGCUCCAGGAUGCUCUGAUAUGGACGAAUGUGAGUUUAGAAGACACAAUUGUGACAGGCACGCCUCCUGUCUCAAUAUCCCCGGGAGUUUCUUCUGUAGAUGCCACCCAGGCUGGACUGGGGAUGGCUUCAAAUGCCACGACCUAGAUGAAUGUGCCAUCCAACAACAUCGUUGUGCUCCGGAAGCUGACUGCCUCAAUACCCUGGGCUCCUACCACUGCACAUGCCAACCAGGAUUUGUUGGAGAUGGCUUAUUCUGUGAAGACAAGGAUGAAUGCAUGGAGAAUGUGGGCCUCUGUGAUAAUGGACAGUGCCUCAACGUACCUGGCGGGUACCACUGUGGAUGUGAUAUAGGCUUCAGCCCCACCAAGAACCAGCGAGCGUGCUGGGAUGUGGACGAGUGUGCUCUUGGGAGCCUGUGCCUGUUUGGGAACUGUGAAAACCUGCCUGGAAUGUUCCGCUGCAUCUGUGAGGACGGCUAUGAACUGGACAAAACUGGAAGCAACUGCACAGAUGUCGACGAGUGUGCAAAUCCUGUGAACUGCAUCAAUGGCCUAUGUGUUAACACCCCUGGCAGCUACCUCUGCAACUGCCCCCAGGACUUUCAGCUUACCCCCAGUGGGACCGGCUGUGUUGACACCCAGACCAUGAUCUGUUUCCUGGAUGUGCAGGACCAAGAUGACGGUGGCAUUUCCUGUAGUGCAGAGAUUGGAAUUGGUGUCAGCAGAGCGUCUUGUUGUUGUUCCCUGGGUCAGGCCUGGGGAAACCCCUGCAAGCUGUGUCCAACAAGCAAUACCUCAGAGUAUAGGACCCUGUGCCCCGGUGGUAAGGGUUUCCGGCCAAAUCCCAUCACUUUGAUUCUGGAAGACAUCAAUGAAUGCCAGGAGCUACCCAGACUGUGCCAGGGAGGCAACUGCACCAACGCCUUCGGUACCUUCCGAUGUGAGUGUCCUCUUGGAUACAGCCUCAGUGAAGAUACCCGCACCUGUGAGGAUAUUGGUGAAUGCUCCACACACCCAGACAUCUGUAGCCCUGGCCCAGGCUACAGCUUAAGCAAUUACACCUGUAUCUGCCCUGCAGCGUUCCUGCAGGUCAGCAGUAGCAACAAUCUGUCGCUGAACCAUCUCACCAGUCUGCGGCCUGCAUUCUUUACUCCCACUUCAGCUGCAGACACAAGAAAGAACAUGUGUUUCCGGCACUGUCGUGGUACAUGUGGGAACACGCUGAACUUCAGUGUGACCCGGAGGAUGUGUUGCUGCUCCUACAGCAUGAGGCAGGCCUGGAACAGACCCUGUGUGGCCUGUCCCACCCCUGCCUACUAUAUUGAUGAGUGUCUGAGCCUGCCAGGGACCUGUCUGCCAGGCACCUGUCAGAACUUGGAAGGAUCCUUCCAGUGCAUCUGCCCCCCUGGCUUCCAGGUGCAGAGUGGCCAUUGUAUUGAUAUUGAUGAAUGCUUGGAGGAGCCCAGCCUCUGCUUUCUUGGCACCUGUACCAACAGUCCUGGGACCUUCCGGUGUCUCUGCCCUUCUGGCUUUGUCCUCUCUGACAGUGGACACUACUGUUUUGACAUUCGCUACAGUUUUUGCUUCACCCAGUUUGAGGCUGGAAAGUGUUCAAUGCCCAAAGCUUUCAACACCACGAAGACCCAGUGCUGCUGCAGCAAGAACCCUGCAGAGGGUUGGGGGGACCCCUGUGAACUGUGCCCUCAGAAGGACAGUGUUACUUUUCAGGAGCUCUGUCCCUUUGGCCAUGGGGCUGUCCCAGGCGCAGAUGGCUCCAGAAAAGAUGUGAAUGAGUGUUCAGAGAAUCCUGGCAUCUGCUCUGGUGGUCCCUGUGUCAACACUGAUGGCUCCUUCCAUUGCAAGUGUCCCUUUGGCUACAGCCUGGACUUCAUCAGCAUCACCUGCGUCGGCUUUGAGCCUGGCCCCGUGAUGAUCUGUGAAGACAUUGAUGAGUGCUCCCUGAAUCCACUUCUCUGUGCUUUCCGCUGCUACAACACUGAGGGCUCUUACCUAUGCACCUGCCCAGAUGGCUACACAUUGAGGAAGGACGGCGCCAUGUGCCAAGAUGUGGAUGAGUGUGCAGAUGGGUCUCAGGAUUGCCACACCCGAGGCAUGCUGUGCAAAAACCUCAUCGGCACCUAUGCCUGUAUCUGCCCGCCUGGCAUGCAGCUCCAGCCCUCUGGGGAGGAUUGCACAGAUGAGGAUGAAUGUCAUGCCCAGUCCAGCCUCUGUGCCCAUGGUCGCUGCAUCAACACAGUGGGAAGCUUCCAGUGUCAUUGCGAUGAGGGUUUCCAUCCCAGCCCCACCUUCACUGAGUGCCAUGAUAUCCGGCGGGGACUCUGUUUCUCGGAGGUGCUACAGGCCAUGUGUCAGAGUUGGUCAAGCAGUGGUGAAGCUGUGCCCAGAGUCGAGUGCUGCUGCGGAGGCGGCCGGGGCUGGGGUCCCCAUUGUGAGCUUUGUCCCUUGCCUGGCACCUCUGCCUACAGAAAGCUCUGCCCCCAUGGCAAGGGCUACAGCACCGAGGGCCAAGAUGUGGAUGAAUGCCACAUGUUUGCUGACCUGUGCCACCAUGGCGAGUGUAUCAAUAGCAUUGGUUCCUUCCACUGUGACUGCCAAGCUGGGUAUACACCAGAUGCCACUGCCACUGCCUGCAUGGAUGUGGACGAGUGCAGCCAUGACCCAAAGCCAUGUGCCUUCCUCUGCAAAAACACCGAGGGCACCUUUCUGUGCGCCUGCCCCCGUGGCUACCUGAUGGAGGAAGAUCUCAGGACCUGCAAAGACCUGGACGAAUGCACCUCCAGGCAACACAACUGCCAGUUCGUCUGUGUCAACACCAUAGGUGCCUUCGCCUGCCACUGUCCUCCUGGCUUCACGCAGCACCACCAGGCUUGCUUCGAUAAUGAUGAGUGCUUGGCCCAGCCUGGCCUCUGUGGCACCCAUGGACACUGCCAGAACACCCCAGGCAGCUUCCACUGUGAGUGUGAUAGAGGCUUCAUGCUGGACAGCUCUGGCCACGGCUGUGAAGAUGUAAAUGAAUGUGACAGACCCCAUCGUUGCCAGUUUGGCUGCCAAAAUGAGCUGGGGGGCUACCGUUGCAACUGUCCCCAAGGCUUCACCCAGCAUUCCCAGUGGGCCCAGUGUGUGGAUGAAGAUGAGUGUGCCCUGUCACCCACGGCUUGUGGCAGUGCCUCUUGCUACAAUACUCUUGGCAGUUUCUACUGUGUCUGCCCCUCUGGUUUCAGUUUCAACCAAGACCUUGGAGGCUGCCAGGAUGUGGAUGAGUGUGCAGAGCAAGGCAGCCCCUGCAGCUAUGGUUGUGCCAACACACCUGGUGGCUUCUUGUGUGGCUGUCCACAAGGCUACUUCCAGGCUGGACAAGGACACUGCAUCUCCAGCCCUGGGUUCAGCUCUGGAUCUCGGGCCACCCCAGAUGAGGAAGAGUCACUCUCACCUGAAGCCUGCUAUGAAUGCAAGACCAAUGGUCUCUCCCCUCAAGACCGACCAAGGCGCAGCAUGCAUGGAGGUCAUCAGGUGAGCCUGGCUACCCUUGAUGCGGAAGUCCCCUUGACCUUGAGCCUGAACAUCUCACACCUGAGCCAAGUCAAGCACAUCUUAGAAUUUCGACCAGCUCUUGAAAGUCUGGUAGGCCAGAUCCGUUAUGUUAUUGCCAGAGGCAACAACCAAGGUUUCUUCCGCAUGAGUCACCUGGCUGGCUUCAGCUCCCUGCAGGUUGCCCGUGGGAGACCAAGACCGGGGAAAUACCAGCUAGAGGUGGUGAGUAUAGCAGGAGCUCAGGGCCAACCAGGGCCGGCAAACCAAGCCCUGCGGCUAACAGUCCAACUGCAACUGCUCUAG